GGCUCCUACGUCAAGGGGCUGAUAAGAUGACUCCUGCUGGCAUGUUGAUCUUCUGUUCUGUGCUGACGAGAACGUUAUGUGUCAUAGCUCCGCAAAUACCAGACUUCAAAACCGGUGACAAGAAGAUUGUCAACGGGCCGUUCUGGCACGAAGUGUUCACGGAAAGUUACGAGGACACAGACGAAGACGCUUCCACCACCACCACGGAACCCCUGCCGUUCUUCGAAGACGAUAUCGCCAGUAGCAACGUGACUGCGCAACUGGGCAGUCGUGUGCAUUUGCACUGCAGAGUUCACGAUCUGGGGGAGAAAACGAUAUCCUGGGUCCGUCGACGUGGCGAAGAACUGCACCUCCUGUCUUUCGGCCGCCACACGUACUCAGCUGAUUCAAGAUACUCCCUAGCAUUCGAACAGCCGAAUGAUUGGCGCCUGCUCAUACAGUACGUGAGUGAAAGAGACGAGGGAUUCUACGAAUGUCAGAUAUCCACGCACCCCCCUUUGGUUAGGAGGGUUCAUCUGGCUGUUGUUGUGCCAAAAGUGGAGAUAGUUGACGAACGCGGCCGUCCACUCCAGGACAAGUUCUACAAAGAAGGUUCCAUCAUUGAGCUUCGGUGCGUCGUGAGCGAAGUGCCACAGCCGACGCGUCAGGUCAACUGGAAACAUGGAGCUAGACUGCUUAACUAUGACACGAAGAGAGGGGGAGUUAGCGUCAAGACAGAAGCCUCAGCAAACGGCGCCCUCUCUCGGCUGUACAUAGCAAACGCGAACAGAAACGAUUCGGGUAACUACACAUGUUCGCUGGCAGAUGUCGCUGCUUCCGCGGUGUCAGUUCACGUAUUGAGAGGUGAAAAUCCUCUUGCAAUGCAGCGCGGCGGAGCGUCAACACUUUCUUCAAUAUUUUCGUAUCCGGUCCUGACCCUGUUCAUGGCAGUGGUCAGCUGA